AUGCAGGACGUGCGCUGGGGGGGGGACAUCGCGCUAACUGGCCCGUAUGUGCAGGGGGGACAGCUCGCGGCCGCUGGGGGGCCAGUAGGUACUUAUAUCGCGCAUACGCUCUGUCUCUAUCCGUCCUUGUCUUGUCGUAUGCGUGCGAGGGGGACACCGCUAACGGCCCGUGUGCAGGACAGCUCGCGGCCGCUGGGCUGGGCGGCGCGCGCGCGGCUGGCGCGCGACGUGGCCGCCGGCCUGGGCUACCUGCACCGCAUGAACGUCAUCCACCGGGACCUCAACUCGCACAACUGCCUCGUCAGGGAGGACCAGACCGUGAUCGUGGCGGACUUCGGGCUGGCGCGCAUCGUGCAGCGCACGGCGAGCAGCUCGCUGCCCCGCGCGCCCCCCUCCGCCCCCGCGCCCCCUCCCGCCAAGGGGCAGCUGCCCCCCGCGCGCUCGCCCCACUCGCACACAACGCCCCGCCGCAAGCGGUACACGGUGGUCGGAAACCCGUACUGGAUGGCGCCGGAGAUGAUGAACGGAAACGUUUACGACGAGAAAGUUGACGUGUUCUCUUUCGGCAUCGUCCUAUGCGAGAUAAUCGGGCGCGUGUCGGCUGACCCGGACUACCUGCCGCGGCGCGGCGACUUCGGCCUGAACGAGGCGCUGUUCCUGGAGAAGUUCUGCACGCCCGCCGCCUGCCCGGAGCCCUUCUACCGGGUGGCCUUCCUCGCCUGCAACCUGGACCCCGACGCCAGGCCGCCGUUCGAGGUGAUGGAGAUCUGGCUGGAGAGCCUGGUGAUGCACCUGUCGAGCGCGGGCCCGCCGCCCGCCACGCUGCUCGCGGACAUCGGGCAGUACGCGCGUGCCGCGCCGCCGCGCCAGGGCCACGUCACGCCCGAGUGCUGCCCGCAGCCGGACGCGGGCAUCUUCUGCGCCGCGCGCCGCUGCCACGCGCGCCGCUGCCACGCCUGCCACGCGUGCCACGGCUGCAGCGGCUGCCACGCGGCCGGCGGCGCCGGCGCGCCCUGCCAGCGGCCCCCCAGUGGCGCACCGAGCCUCGAGCUAGUGGGGGAACUUGCCAAGUGUGUACAGCCGUCUGCGGGGGAGUCCGAGGCGUGCGGGGGAGGGCGCGCGCUCGGCAAGUGCGUCUCCGCGAGCCACCUCGCACCUCGCGCCGUCUCUCUCGCACGCCGCGCCGCGCGCUCUCGCUCGCACAACGCCCUCGCCCUCGCGCCCGGGUACAUACUGCGCGACGACGGCUGCGGCAUCAACAUCACAAAGGUGGACGACAUCAACGAGUGGCUCGAGCCGGCGCAGCCGUUGAAACGGGCCAGCCCCGACUGCCAGCUGAACAACAUACUCGCGGAGCGGCCAAAGACGCGGCGAGUUGAGGACGGCGACGAGACGGACGGCGACCUGCCCCCAUUCCUCAGGAACCAGUCCGUCGAGGGUCUGGAAUCGAAGUCCAAACGGGAAGUGGACGCGCCGUUCCCCUUCUGCCGCCACCACAGCAUCCCGGACCGGUGCGAGAACGAUCCCACCAUCGACAGUGACUCCUCGGACGACGACCUCACUGACAUCAGCGACUGGUACAGGAGCCUCAGCUGCUUCAAGAAGAUCGAUAUAGAGGCGGACCAGCCGAAGAACAUCCUAGCGGGCAUCGUCAAGAGGGGCGAGGGCCUGUUGGCCAAGAAGUCCAGCUACGACGUCACGGACGCGACCGCGAGCGAAACUCCAAAAAUCCCCGACGUCGUACGCCAUAGCAAAGAUCCCAAUAGGCCGUCGGAGGCGGAACCGGCAAAGCUCAAAACGGCGGACGCGCAGAAGCCGGCCGAGAGGCCGAGUUUCUUCGCGAAGAAACUGCUCUCGCCGAAGCUGAGUAGACUGUUCAAACAUGGCGCGGAACCGGUCAGGUCCAGGCAGGAGUCACCAGACGCCAAAGCGGAGAAGUCGCGGAGCAACUUCUUCGUGCAGAGGCCCUCAUCGCCGGGCUUAGUGCGGUCCGCGCACAGAGUGAGGCCGAGCGUCGACGACGUGCUGAAGAGCGAUAUAAAGCUCGCCGGCAUGGGGAAGCCGAUGACGCCGAUAUUCAGAAGGCACUUGGCCGGCGAGAGGACAGAGUUCACCGACCGGUACAGCUGCCGGGAGCGGAAGCCUAAAGCGCCCAAAAGCGAGGAGUUUGUGGAGGUCGGCAGGAAUAGGAUCAAAGCGCCGGCCGCGACGGCCGACUGCCUGGUCUUGUCGAGCGGACACACCGAUGACGGUCUACCCGAAAAGAAGGUCGAAGCGUCGAAACGCAGGGAGCUGGCGAUAUCCAGGAGCAACUACGUGAGCCUGGCGAAUUUGAAGAUAAACGGCAAGCAGGAUCUUGGACGCGUCAAAGAGAAGUGCCCGUUGAACUCCACACCGCCAGUGGAGCGCGUAAUU